AAAAUGAAAGACAAUUUUUCAACUCCAGGAUGUAAUCUUGAGGUUGUUCAUAUUGAACUGUAUCAUAAAGUGGUUUAUAUAUUGUUGACAAUCUUAAUAGUUUUUGCUGGAGUUGGUUUAAAUGCCUAUGUGUUGUACGCCAUCAGAACUCACACGACACUGCAGACGUACGCCAAUGGAUUUGUAGUGAAUCUCUGUAUAACCGAUCUCCUUUGUAUAAUUUCAUUGCUAGGAUGGACGUCGACAUGGAUUUACAGACACCCCGUUCUAGAAUUGAUUAUGAACAAAACUUUCAGUGUAUCAAACUCUGUGUCAAUUAUGAUAUUGGCGGCGAUUGCCGCAGAUAGAUUUGCUAGCCUGAAGUAUUCCUUACAUUACUCAUCCAGAAUGACGGGCACAAAAGUGAUGACCAUAAAUAUAUGUUUUUGGUUUUAUUCAGUUGUCGUUUCUGUUCUUCCUUUGACAUUUAAAAUGGUGCCAGGAUUCAUAGAUAACAAAUGUCCAGGAAAUAUAUUGGCAACUGUCCUUGGCAAAUCCACCAUUGACAAAUUGUUGGUGUGCUUGCUGUAUCUUCCGUGCCUCAUUAUCAUAAUUGGGUCUUAUUUCAGAAUUUACAGAAUAGCUCGGUAUCAUUCUAGGACUAUAGAAGCCGUUGACAGGUCAGUGGUUUAUAACUAUCCACGACAUCGUGUUCAAAGAAGCGUUAAAUACUUGCGUACAUUGACACUAGUACUCUUCCCAAUGCUUGCCAUACUGCCAGAACAAGUAUAUGGAAUACUAGAAGUCAUGGAUAAGAAGAUUUACUUCUAUCUGGUACUACUAGCAUCAGUUAAUUUAAUUCUCAAUCCAUUUAUAUAUGCUUACAACAGAUCGGAGUUUCAAAAUGCACUGAAACCACCAACUCCAAUUAGAAUUCCGGAUUUGCAACGAAGGGAACAAGAAAUUGCUGAAGCUCUCUCCACAAUAUUUGGGAAGGAAGGUAAUGAAUCAAAUCGCUCACAUUCAGAAAGUAAGUCGGAAUUAGAAAGAAAACAAUCAAAGGAAAAUGAGACAGCAAAUGACAAUAUAUCAUGGAAAGGCUUUACCAAGAGGGACAGUACAUUUUCUAGAGUAUCUGUUAAACUUAAUGAUGACAAAGGUGACAUGCAACUAACAAUUGAAGAUCUUGAUUAUAUCAAUUCAUCACGAGGAAGCCUUCAACUGAGUGUGGAAAAAUUUGGACAAUUAAAACGUCGAGUAACUGUCUGUAGGUCCUACAGCAGCAGUUCAGUACACCCUCAAGAGAAUACAGCCGCUAAAAAAGACAAUGAUGGGAGUGACAACAAAAAAGUGUGCAACAAAGACAUUGUAGAGGUAGUCUCUCUCUAAAUUCAUUGUUUUGGUUGUU